UAGUUUAUGGUGAAAAAGAUGCUGAAAAUACAUUCUCCAUUCCAAAAGAAACAUUGAAAAAACUAAGUAAAGGAGGUUUGGCUAAAGCUGUAUUUAUGACCCACUACCAGAUUUCUGAUAUCUUACAAGAUAAACAGACACCAGAAGACUCUAAAGACGACACAGACAAUGUAGUAGAACCAGAGAUAGUUAGUUACGUCAUCAGUGCAUCAUUAGGAGGAGCCGAUCACGUUAAACUUCCAGAGCCGAUUUCAUUUACCUUGAAACAUAAGCAGACAUUUCCACAAAAUGCUGUGCCUUUAUGUUCAUUUUUGAAUUUAUCAGAAGGGGUAGUUGGUAUUUGGUCUCAGGAAGGGUGUAAACUAGUUAAAACUGAUGAUUCUUCUACUACAUGUCAAUGUGACCAUCUUACAAACUUCGCUAUUCUAAUGGAUGUAAAGGGAGUUGAGAUGUCGGUUAUUCAUUCAUCUCUUCUGAGGUAUAUAACGCUAGUGGGAUGUAUAAUAUCUAUAAUAUGUUUACUACUCUGUUUUAUUACAUUUAAUUGUUUUAGUGCAAUACAAGGAGAAAGAAACUCAAUUCAUAAGAAUUUGGUAUUUUGUUUAUUUGUGGCUGAGAUAUUGUUUUUAGUUGGUAUUGAUAAAACAGAAAACAAGCUAACAUGUGGUCUGAUAGCUGGAUUUCUACAUUAUUUCUUCUUAACAGCGUUUACAUGGAUGUUUUUAGAGGGAUUAUAUAUCAUUUGUAUGUUAGUUCAAGUAUUUGACGCUGCUAAAUCCAGAUUACCAUAUUAUUAUUUUGUUGGUUACGGUUUCCCACUGGCUAUUGUUGCUGUGUCGGCUGGAAUAUAUCAUCAAGGUUAUGGUACUGACAGAUACUGUUGGUUAACGACUGAAAAUUAUUUCAUUUGGAGUUUUGCUGGACCAAUCGCUGUUGUUUUAUUGGUAAGUGUAUUUGACAUUGGUUUUGCCCCGGCCUUGAGUAUUUCUCAUUUAGUCAGACUCAUUCAAAAACAUUAUUCCUUAGUCAAUACCAAUUUAUGUUCAUGUAGAAUUCAUUCCAUCCGUUGUUGUUACAGGGCAUGGAUACAAGGUGCCAUAGCAAUAGAGGUUAUACUUGGUUUAACGUGGAUAUUUGGCUAUUGCUUCAUCUCUCAGGAAACAAUAGCAUUAGCUUACAUAUUCACAGUACUAAACAGUUUACAAGGAUUGUUUAUAUUCUGUUUCCACUGUCUCCUCAAUAAAAAGGUAAGCUCAAUCUUAAUCUCUGGGCAUGGGAGCCAAGAGUAUGGUUAA